AUGGCUGAGGGCAGUGAGGGUUGGUCGCGCGAGGAUGAGCUUGACCUGGGCCAGGAAGACGAUCCCCAACAACCCGACCAUGGCGCCCUCGACUACGCCUUACCUUCCCCGCAGGAACCGGCGGAAGAUGAAUUGAACACGUUAGAUGAUGCGGAGGACCAGGAUGUCGAGAAGACGGUGGAACCGGCAGAUCCGUAUCUUCCAGAAACUCCUCCACCCCGAAAUGCGGAAUGGGCUCGAUCAAGGAGCGCGGAUGGAACGGGGUCAACCCCCGACGAUUCCCCAUCCUUACAUGGCUCUGUCCCGUCUUCCUUGAGCAGCAGUGCUCUGGCUCUCAGAGGGUCUCCGCUGGUCAGCCCAAGCCCGGCCCGUCGUCCGUUCGACCUUCGCUUCCAGUCCCGACUGUCAUCUUCGCCACAGAGUGUGUCUAGAUCUGGCUCGCCAUUUUUAGCGCAUCUACACUCACGGCAAUCCUCAAUCACCAGCCAGGUCUCCGCGACACCAGAAACGGAAACCGAACCGCUCCAGGGGCCUUGGGAUGUCGUGCGGUGGACAAAGUUGCGGAAGAUCACCGGGCAGGCAUUUUCGGAAAUUGGGAAGCGCAACUUCGGACGGCCGACUUGCCUAGCUGUAUCUACGUCGAUUGUCAUUGGUACAUCCAAGGGCAUUAUACUUGUGUUCGACUAUCAACAAAGCUUAAAGACUAUCAUUGGAACUGGCACACCAGCUGUUGAAUGUGGAGCUGUUACUUCUCUAGCACUCUCUGCGGACCACACCACGGUUGCAGGAGGCCAUGACUCGGGCGACAUCUUUACAUGGGAAAUGUCCCGCUCAGCGCGGCCAUUCCUUCACAUCCCGCCAAUUCCGGCCAAACAGGUAGAGACUCGGAUAUCUGAUGGCCAUCUUUCGGGUUCUGCGGUCAUCCACAUAGGGUUCCUCGGCACCAGACGAACUGCCCUUGUGUCGGCUGAUACACGGGGCAUGGCGUUUUCGCACUUGGCAACAAGAGGAAUGGGCGCAGUAGGACGGACAGUAAAAUCGACCCGAAUUCUGGGUCGAUACCCUCAACCUUCGUUAGAGGAAACACGGCGACGAAAGCCCAGCUCGGUCCUCGCUUUCUCUCCCCUGCCGCUCGGCAAUGUGGAACAGCCCACUGAUUCUUUGGGCCUUGUUGCUAUGCUGACCCCCUAUCUUUUGGUCAUCGUGUCCACUACACCAGUGGCGCAAACGCAAUACAAGGCACCACGACCAAAAGAAGUACCGGCACACAGUGCCAUGACUGGAGCUUUGGCAUGGUUCCCAGCCAUUCGAUUGAAAGGCAAAGAUAGUCAGACUUCAAAUACGAAGCUGGUCUACUGCUGGUCAAAUGUGUUAACAGUGCUUGAAGUCACGGAAGCGGAGACAGAUGAACCUGUGGACCGAGACAGACCUCCUAGCCUUGUCUUCCAAGCGCGCAGCAGAUGGAAGGCAGACGAAGCCAUUGUAGCAGUCCAGUGGCUCAGUCGGUCGGUGCUUGCCGUGUUCACGAUCACGCAGCGACUGCUAAUCAUUGAGGAUUAUUCUAUGCAUGUGACGGAUUCCAUCGAUCUGGCCAACCGACACAUCUACCACGCCGAUCUUUUCUCCUCACAGCUCCAUACGCUAGUGGAGCAGCUUGACGAAGAAGAUGAGUCCAUGCAUGGGGUGGUAGCCGAUGCUUUCUAUAUGAGUUUCCGCUCCUAUAAAGGUCGCUUGUUUUUGCUAGGUUACAGCGAAGCCUUGGUCGGCAAUCUAUCCAAUUGGGCCGACCGACUACUGGCGUUGAUGGAGGCGGGUGACUUCAUUGGGGCUAUUCGUUUGGCAACAUCUUACUACACAGGAAGUGCGGAGAAGCUGACGGUUGGGCUUCCCGAAGAGGAUGCUAUGAGACAGCCUAUUGUGCAAGAAAAGCUUUUGGAGAUGAUCUCUGCAUCCCUCAAGUAUGCUUUCGGUCGAAACGCUGAGGCGAACAGUGCUCGACUGGAUAACCAGGAGCUGGCGGAACUAGCAGAGGUUUCCAUUGCGGCUUGUAUCCACAUGGCGGAUGAGGAGUUCCUCUGGGAGGAAGUCUUUAACUGGUAUGAAGAGCAAGACUCGGUGGGAAUCUUCCUGGAUGCCCUUGAACCUCGUAUCGUCGAUGGAACGCUGCGAUCGCUACCUCCCACAGCGGUUAAAGCCUUGAUCAACCAUUUCAUUGGAACCCACUCGGCUGGUCGUCUGGAGGAGAUUAUCUGUCUCCUGGAUACUACCACAAUGGACAUUGACCAGGUUACAACGUUGUGCAAGCAGCAUAAUCUGUACGAUGCCUUUAUAUAUGUGUGGAAUCGCUGUUUGAUGGACUACGUGGGACCAUUAGAGGAGCUGCUACGUCAAAUCCCAACACAGACGGAGCCUUUGGUCAACGGAGACUAUGCGAUCGAAAUGAGACGGCAAAACAAUGCGAUGAAAAUGUUCCCCUAUCUGUCUUUCAUCUUGACAGGUCGCAUCUAUCCCACCGGUGAAGAUAUGGACGAAGCCGAAGCCUCGCGUGCCAAAACCGAGUUGUACCAAUAUCUCUUCUCGGGUCACGGAUCUGGUACGUCUAGCGAUACCGCAGAUUCAUUUUCCCAACUUCGGGCCAUGCUCAAGUUUGAUACCUCUAGCUUCAUGAGCAUGCUCAACGAAGCUUUCGAGGACAGCUUCCUGAACGAGUCCGAGAACGAGGAGGCGCCCACCGGUGUAUCGAUCAAUCGACAGUACCUGAUCAGCAUUUUGCUACAAGUUAUGACGGCCGAGUUCUUCACUCCUUUUGAUACCAUUUACCUGGACAUGUUUGUUGCGCGCAAUCUUCCCAAAUACCCCCAGUACAUUCUCCUUUCAGGCACGACUCUGCACCAGGUUCUGGUGCGUGUCUGCCAGUAUCCCGAACCGGAUAUGGCGGACGACUGUGAAUUGAGUGCAGAGUAUCUGCUGUCCUUCUACCACCCACCCGAUAUCCAGAGCAUGAUCCCCCUCUUCAAGGAAGCACGCUUUUUCCGCAUUCUCAAGUCGACAUAUCGAUCCGAGAAACAAUACUCUCAAUUGAUUAUGACCUACCUCGAGGAUCCGAAUGAUCGUGCGUCCAUCUUUACCUGUCUGCAUGACUGUCUUCGCUCAGGAUCCGGGCUCGGCACGAAGUCGAGGCGAGAUGUGGUGGAUGUGGUGAAGCAGCGCGCUCGAGAUAUUGUCUCAAUUGAUGUGACGCUCACUGCCCAAACAAUGCAAGAGCUGGCUCCUGAAACCCACUCUACGUUUUUGCGGGUUUUAGAAGGCGAUCCCCAGAAUCAGUAUCACUACUUGCUGGUACUGGUUGAGCCGCACGCUCAGAGUACAGAAACUCAUGCACCGUCAUCUGUCGAGAACUGGAUGAUCGAGCGCUAUGUGCAGCUCCUGUGCAGAUACAAUCCCACCCACGUCGCGGAUUACGUUGACGGACUGCGCGUUGGCGACAUCCACCUAGAAGAGCUGCUCCCCGCUAUAGAAGAGAGCGGCGCCAUUGAUGCCGCUGUCAUUCUACUCGCUCGACAAGGCCAAGUGCGCGAGGCGCUUGACCGUCUCGUUUCACAUCUCAGCAUCCUCGAAUCCGGUCUGGUCGGUAUUCUCCAGAGCGUCCGCGAAAGCCCCGACUCAGCGAGCACGGCCGAGGCAAUCGACGACCUCAUUGAGUCUCUCAGCAAGUAUGCAGGCGUCGGAACCUGGCUUUGCCAGGGUCAAAGCAAGACCAGCAAGCAGUCACGAAUUGGCAGCACAAACGGCAAACGCGGCGCGGCAGCCCUCGACCACCCUCUAGCAUUCGAUGAAACCCUCUGGCUCGACCACAUCGAAGCCGUCGUCCGCAUCGCAAGCAACGUCUUUGCCUUCAUGCAGGGAAACAACACUCAAAUCACGGUCUCCUCCCAACCCACCACCUCCCUCGGCGGCGAAAGCGGCCGUCUAACAACCUUCUUCCGAUCCCUCGUCCAACAAGUCUUCACAGCCCUGCUAGCCAGCACUGUCAAAGCAGGCACUUCAACCUCCGAACGAACAGACGUGUCCUUCCUCCGCAUCCUGCGCGCAUUCCUCACCCGCGCCGCAACCUGGUCCCCCUCCCUCCUCGAACUCCGCGCCGUCUUAGCCUCCAUCUUCUCCGCUUAUUCCUACGAGAAAUCCCUCCUGACCCUCGCCAACGGCAUGCUAGACCGCGACCUCUUCGUCCAUGUGGAUGAAGUCACCCGCCUCCGCCAACAAGGCUGGCGACCCCGCGGCCACGUCUGCGAGAUCUGCCGCCAACGCAUCUGGGGGCCCAGCGUCGGCGACGCGCACUGGUCCGCGUGGCAAGAAAAGCAAUCUGAAGCUCACCAGCGCCGCAUCGCCAAGCGGCACGAGGAUGCCUACAACCCGGACGAGAGGGGCAAGGGCAAGGCCGCCGUUGUGGGCACCGGUCAUCCGUCCCAUCUGGAUCGCGCGGCAGCAGCGCAUGCACUCGCCCAUCGCGGUGACAGCCAUGAUGACGCCGAGCAUGCCAACUCUAACCCUGCAGCCGAACCAGGGACUGGGCCUCCGAAUGGAUCGGUCGGAGGAAACACACCCUUGGCACCGGUCGUCGUCUUCUCUUGUCGACACCUCUACCAUAGACAGUGUGUUCUAGACGCAGUCAGCGCCCGCGCCCGCACCCGCGUCUCCACUGAAACCUUUCGGCGUGACCAUUCGCCCGACUGGUCAGGGGCCGAGAUGUUCUGUCCGGCAUGUACAUAG